UCGCCGGCAUAGAAGGCGGCCCCCAGCCACCCUUCCCCCCGCGUUCCACACUCUUCGAGCCUCAUUCCGCACCCCCUCCUCGUCAGUUUAUUUUACUCACAGCUGCUUCUCACCUGAUGGAUAAACUUAUUAAAAACCUUUGAAUGAAAUGGAUUGCAACUGUAAUUGCAACAGGUGAGAGGAUCAGGUAAGCUCCGAGCUGAGCGAGAUGAAGCAAUGAGGUACGAGUGAGGACUGUCACGAUGGCUUCUUGCGUGAAGGUCAAAAGACUGUCUUUCACGAGGCGGUUUCUCAUACUCUUCAAACACGUUAGUUUCCAGCCACGAUGUUUUCAGUCCACCGUAAAGUUUUCUUCAUCCCAUGACUAUGUCAUAUGUGGAGCUGGAUCUGCGGGGAGUGUCCUUGCCGAUCGCCUGUCAGCCAGUGGUGAAAACAAAGUUCUUAUUCUAGAGGCAGGACCAAAAGAUUGGACAUGGAAGAUCCAGAUGCCAGCUGCUCUCAAGUAUAAUCUUUGGAAUGAUCAAUACAACUGGUAUUACGAAACAGAACCACAAGAGUUUAUUAAUAACAGGCGUAGCUAUCAACCAAGGGGGAGGGUAUGGGGCGGAUCCUCGUCUCUAAAUGCAAUGGUGUACAUCAGAGGGCAUGCUUAUGAUUAUGAUCGCUGGGAGAAGGAAGGCGCAGAGGGAUGGUCGUACGCAGAUUGUUUACCAUACUUUAGGAAAUCUCAGACUCAUGAACUGGGCCCAGAUGAUUACAGAGGAGGUGAUGGACCACUCCAUGUAUCUUGUGGAAAGCCAAACGGCAACCCUUUGUACCAGGCAUUUAUUGAUGCUGGUGUCCAAGCUGGUUAUCCCGUCACAGACGACAUGAAUGGCUUCCAACAGGAAGGGUUUGGUUGGAUGGACAAGACGAUUCAUAAAGGAGUACGGUGGAAUACAGCAAAUGCCUACCUCAGACCUGCUUUAAAGCGCAAGAACCUCCAAACACAAACAAGGGCCUUGAUCUUGAAGAUUUUGUUUGAGAGCAACCGCGCUGUAGGAGUGGAGUAUCAGUUGGGCAAUCAAAUAAAACGUGUUGGAGCCAGGAAGGAAGUUAUUUUAGCUGCUGGAGCCAUUAACACACCACAGUUACUAAACUUGUCGGGAAUUGGAAAUGCCGACGAUUUGCAAAACCUUGGUAUUCCUGUGAAGGCUCACCUUCCUGGUGUCGGUUUCAAUCUUCAGGAUCAUGUGUCUGUGGCUUUUAUGCAGGAGUGUACUCAACCCCUGACGCUCUACCGUACUCUGAAGUGGUGGAACAUGAUUCCAAUAGGAGUGAAAUGGUUCCUCACCAGAACUGGACCAUGUGCAACUGUACACAAGGAGGCUGGUGGUUUUAUACGCUGCAAGAAGGACAUAUCGCAUCCCAAUAUCCAGUUCCAGUUUGUACCUCUGGGGUACAAAGAUGAUGGCAGAGUGAUUUUGCAGAGGGAUGCUUUCAUGAUUCAUGUUGAUACCCUUCGUGCAACAAGUCGUGGAUAUGUAAGACUCAAGUCCAAGAAUCCACAUGAUCAUCCUAAUAUCAACCCACAAUACCUGUCCACUGAAGAAGAUCGAGUGGAGCUCAGAGAUGCUGUUCGACUUACUAGAGACAUAAUCAGCCAAAGGGCUUUGGAGCCAUUCUGUGGGAGAGAGCUAGAACCAGGUGAUCAUGUUCAUACAGAUGAACAAAUUGACGCCUGGAUACGACAGAACGCCGACACUGUUUAUCACGCAUCAUGUACUUGUAAAAUGGGUUCCGAAGAUGACCGGAUGGCUGUUGUCAAUAGUAAAACGGAGGUAUUCGGUGUGGAAAAUCUAAGGAUUGUUGACGCAUCAAUCAUGCCGAGUGUUGUGAGUGGAAAUAUCAACGGACCAGUCAUUAUGAUCGCGGAGAAGGCUGCAGAUGUAAUUUUAGGAAAUCCUCCUCUACCGAAAUCGAGAGCAUCAGUGUUUGAAAAGCCAGAUUAAGAGCUUUAUUUCGCUCUUUGAUUGGUCCAGAAAACUCGCGCUACUCUCCCAACCAAUCAGUUGCAAACCUGAAAUCCAUCCCGACUUGGUGACCCGCGUUUUCCCGCGCUUUAGGCAGUUUGCUAGAAGAACAAUGUUUAAAUGUAAUCGGAGUAAGCGGAGUCAGCAUUUUACGAGGAACAACUGGUUAACAAUCGCCUUGCCUCUCUCAUGACAGAAACUUCUGUUGGAGAAAUGCGCUGGCACUUUCAAAUAAGAAAGCAGGUUUUGGUUUAGGGAUUUUUGGAAUGUAUAAAGUUGCAUUUACGACAUCCUGAUAAAAGGUCUCCCUGAUUCUUUACUGA